AAAAGUUUCUUACCAUUCGUUGGCCUUACUUUUGUAUUGUAUCAUAAAACCAAUAUGGUUAUUUGUGGUAGUUCCCUCAGUUAUUGAUAUCCUGUUACAGUUAUGUCAGGUUUCUACCUAGUUAGGUAAUGCAAUUCUGUUAAUAAACUGUCCAAGCAAGCAAGAGAAAGCUAUGGAAGACAUUAAAAUAUUGGAUGGGGGGCUGUGCACCGAUCUUUUUAUCAAUGGUGGUUUUGUACGAGCUGAAGUAAAUAAAGAUCCGCUUUGGUCGGCCCGUGUUCUUUAUGAGAAACCAGAGGAAAUUAUGAAGGCUCAUUUGAGAUUUAUCAAAGCGGGCAGUGAUGUGGUGAGCACGUGUAGCUACCAAGCCAGUGUACAAGGUUACAUGGAACAUGCCCAAGUUACCAAAGAGAAAGCAGAAAAGAUCAUUGGUUCAAGUGUUGAUGUUGCAAAGCAAGCUGUGCAAGAAAGUGGACGCCGAGUGUUGGUUGCUGGAUCCAUAAGCCCAUAUGGUGCUAUCCUGCAUGAUAUGUCAGAAUAUACUGGAUCAUAUAUUGAUACCACAUCAGAACAGCAACUUUCUGAUUUUCACAAAACAAAUAUUCGAAUCCUUGCAUCAAAAGGAGUUGAUUUGUUUGCGUUUGAAACUCUUCCUUCCCUGAAAGAAGCUUUGGUUCUUGCUGAAAUUCUGAGAGAGUAUCCUACUUUAAAAGCAUGGGUGUCAUUUUCAAACAAGAACGGCACUCACACAUGCUAUGGUGAACCUUUUGAAGAAGUAUUUAAAGCUCUCGGCAAUUACCACCAGAUCAUAGCAAUUGGUUUAAAUUGUUGCAAGUCUGAAACCAUUUCAUCUUUCAUUCAAUUGGCUCAUGGGAAUUUGGCAAAGCAUCAAAGACUUAUUAUUUAUCCUAAUAAUUGUGCUGGAGGCAAUGUGAACUCAAGUGAGGCUCCCUUGGAAUGGUUACCCAAAGUUAAAACCUGGUUGGAAUCCAAUUUGAUUGGUUGGAUUGGUGGGUGUUGUAUGACAUCACCGUUUCAGAUUGGUCAAAUUAAACAAGCUGUUAUGGAAUGGCAGUGUGAGAAAAAGUAGCCUGAUUGGUUUAAAGGUGGUUUAUUUAUUAAAUGUCUUCAAUGGGUGUUAAUUUUAGUUGAUUAAGUAUAAUUCAUGCGUACAUGUUACAAACUGCUUAAACGUACUGUGCCUAUUAUACGGUGAGGUUGUGGCAUGCACAACGGCGUUCCUAGGCCGUUUAAAGGUGGCUGUACACAGUAUCUCAAAUUCGUCCGUUUUGUCCGGAUUUCGCUGCCGCAUGCGGAACUCGAGAAUGGGUUUGCAUACGACUUAGCAAGCGAAUUCGCAUACCCAAUACUGUGUACAGCCACCUUAAGCGACAAUUUUAUCUACCGCAAAAAGUUCAAGCCAUUUAUGUUUGUCGUUUCUUCGUUAUUGUGCUGCACCAGUGUUUCAUCGUGUACUGCGCUCUUACUAUAUGUUCUUAUAUGUCGCUGCUUUCGUCUUCCAAAGUCUCUUCACCCACUAUCGCUACAGUAACUGCUACGCACCGAUUCCACAUUUUGAAAUUCCCCGACGUUGGGCUGCAACGGCUUUAACUCCAUUCGAUGGUUUGCAGCGCUGACGUCCGCUUUCAUCGCCACGUUAGUUGGUUUAGGCGACGGGUCGGACUGAACAACUAUGCACGGUUUGUUUACGGAAUAAGCUCUGUUAUUGGUUGCUACGACAGAAGGCACAGAGUUGUUAAUUUGGAAAAUUUUGUCUCGUUUUUCUUGCUUCAUGCACCUUGAAAUAAAAGC